UGCAAUGGAAGUGGUUGGUCGGAUUAGUGUAUAAUUAAGCUUUGAAACUAGAGUUAAAAAAAAUAAGUCUGCAGCAAGAAAAACAGACGGAGGAGAAUUUGGUGUGAAAAGGGGAAUUUUGGAAGAUAUUUUUGGCAUUUUAGAUUUUAAGUGAAACAAGUGAACUGAAGUAAAAAUGAUUAACCGAGUUUUUACGCUUGCAUCAGUGCUUAUCUCCCUCACCACACCCUGCCUCGAAGCCCGCCCGGAGCCCCCAAUCAGUGGUGGAGGUCCCGGCGGCGGCAUUGGCCCCGGUCCCUAUCCUCCGUCCCGGCCCGAGGGCGGUGGUUACAACUACGGCCCGCCACCACUGCCAUCGAUCUCGGUCAACAGUUACGGCUCGGCCACCUCCGAAUAUGGUCCGCCAACGCAGGCUCCCGUAAUUCACAAACACGUGUACGUGCACGUUCCACCGCCAGACCCAGAAGUUCCCACCACCAGAAAACCCAUCUCCGUCCCUCCACCCCAGAAGCACUACAAGAUCGUCUUCAUCAAGGCCCCGUCCCCGCCGACGCCAGCCCCACCCGUAAUCCCACCCCUGCAGCAAAACGAAGAAAAGACGCUGGUCUACGUACUCGUCAAGAAGCAGGAAGAACCGGAAGAGAUCAUCAUCCCGACGCCGGCGGCCACGCCCCCGUCCAAACCGGAAGUCUACUUCAUCCGGUACAAAACGCAGAAACAGGAAGACGGUGGACCAUAUCCGGCGAGUGGGACCCCAAGUGGCGAAUACGGAUCGCCCGCGGGACCUCCGAGCAGCAGCUACGGAGUACCGCUAUAGUUCGGUCCUCUCCGAGUACAUCUACCACAAGUUUCUGAAGCUGUUCGGCAUGGCACGCGCCUAGGUUCGGAUGUCGUGCCAUGGCCUGCUUCCUGCGUCAUUCAUCCUAGUGUUCAUCCAAGUUACAUUCAUAUAGUAGGCCAAUGAAAUACAGCGUUUAGUUUUAUUUUGUAAAA